AUGCGGCAUUGGUCUGCAUCCGUAUUUAAUAGGAUACGAAGCAAUUUAAUAACAUAUUUUAGACAGUUUAGCAAUUCAAAUAUGAGUACAAACAAAAUAGCCGUGUGCCAGAUGACUUCUGUUGCAGACAAAGCUUCCAAUUUGCAAGUUGUUACUAAACUUAUUAGUGAUGCAAGCAAAGAGGAAGUUCAAAUGAUAUUCUUUCCGGAAGCUUGUGAUUAUAUGUGUGACAACAAAAAGGAUACUUUAAGUUCUGCUGAGCCUUUACUCACUGGUGAUACAGUCCGGCAUUACAGGGAACUGGCAGCUAAAAACAAUGUGUGGCUAUCUAUGGGUGGUGUGCAUGAAAAGGAUGAAAAUAAUCCCUUAAAAAUAUUUAAUACCCACAUAAUUAUAGACAACAAGGGUGAGAUAGUGCAAACAUACAGGAAGUUGCACUUAUUUGAUGUAGAGAUACCUGAGAAGAAUGUCCGUUUAAAGGAAAGCGAUUUUUCAAACUCUGGCAGCCAUGUUGUUACUCCUGUUGAUACACCCUUAGGAAGAAUUGGCUUGGCGAUCUGCUAUGAUAUGCGUUUCCCAGAAUUAAGUACAGCUCUGGCUACAAUGCGGGCGGAUAUUUUGACUUAUCCAUCUGCAUUCACGUAUACUACCGGCGUCGCACAUUGGCAUCUGUUGCUCAGGGCUCGAGCUAUAGAGAAUCAGUGCUACGUAAUAGCAGCGGCACAGACUGGUCAACACAAUCCAAAACGCCGUUCUUACGGUCAUGCUCUUUGCGUGGAUCCGUGGGGCGAUGUGAUAGCUGACUGCGGCGAAUCAUCGCCCUGCUAUAAAGUUGCUGAGAUCUGUUCGGAAAGGUUGGCUGGUGUUAGGCAGAAUAUGCCAGUGUUUGAACACAGAAGGAAUGACGUAUACUCACUGUACACUUUGAACCUUCGAAAGAAACUACUACCAGAGCAUACUAUUAAAGCUACCCCGGCUUCUGAGUUGAACGAGACUCGAGUCCAUGAAUUGGAGGAUGAGCCGACAUACGUUUUCGGUCAAGUUAGGGUUCCAGAAUCGUGCGUUUUCUACAAGUCUGAUCUUACGUACGCUUUUGUUAACCUAAGAUGUGUUAUACCAGGUCAUGUUCUCGUUGCUCCGUUGCGAUUGGUGGAACGAAACGUGGAUCUCACCGAUGAAGAGGCAGUGGAUUUCUUUAAAACGGCCCGAUUAGUUCAAAAGUUAAUGGAAAGAGUCCACAAUGCUAACUCGUGCACGGUGACUAUUCAGGACGGCCCCGACGCUGGUCAAACGAUAAAGCAUCUCCACUGCCACAUACUGCCUAGGAAGAAAGGCGACUUCAUUGACAACGAUCUGAUAUAUUUGGAGCUGGCGAAACAUGACAAGGUUUCCUCGUCGCAACCAAGGAAGCCGGCCAGGAGUUUACAAGAAAUGCGCGAGGAAGCUGCAACACUCCGUGCAGAGCUAGCAAUGAUGUUAAAAGAACUUCAAAAAUGUUAA